AUGCCGUUCGAAAGCAAUCAAGAUAAAGGCGUCACCGGAGCUGCCAAAUUCGUCACAUCCACACUUGGAAACACAGUCGGCGGUGUCACUCGCACAGUGGGUGGAGUGGCAGGAACUGCUGGGCGAGGCAUUGGCGAUACCAUCACGAGCGCGACGGGGAGUGCUGGCGAGCCGGUUGGAAAUGCGCUCGGUAGUGCAAGCUCAGGUCUUGAGAACGGGGCGAAACGGGUGGCUGAAGGAGCAGAAGAUGCUGGGCAAUGGAAAUGA